AUGGGUGCUGGGUGCACCUAUGAGGAUCUGGUAGGCAGCAACAGUGCAAAAAAUAUCAUCAUAACAAUCAAGAAGGAAUUUCCAUGGUGGGGAGAAUUGCAUGGGUGGUGGUGCAUGAACCCUGCCUACAAUAACACAUGGAGUGCAAAUGUUAGCAGGCAGGAUUUUGCAAAGCAUGUGGUUGAGCUGUUUGAGCUUUGGCCAAACCCAUUAGGUGGAGACCCCAGUUUUUCCUCUCCCCCACUAUCACCCCUUCCUCCUGUUGCAUCCAAGUGCUUGUCACUUGCUUCAUCACUGUCCUCCAUCAUGCCUGGGUCACCUGCUGUCCUAUCUGCCCCUCCCUCUGUUUUUAACAAGGGCAAUUCUAUCAGCUUGAAUGAUGAUCCCCCCUUCCCAUUCCUAUCCCCUUGUCCAAAAAUCCAGCUGAAGUGUCUGUCUCUUGAACAGGAUCAAGCUCUUCUUAAACCCAGCUUCAUCCAGGAGUUCCAACAGGUGCAGCAGCAAAGGUCAGAGGCCAAACAUCACCAGCUCCAGUAUGGCUACUUGGAGGAGAAUGAGAAGAGCAACAGCUGCCUGGCUGGAUGUGAACACCAAAUUGUGAGGCAGCAUGAGCAGCAUGUCCAUGGAGAGGUGAUGGCAGCUCAGGAGCUAGAGAAGAUAAAACUUUCAGUGAAGUUGGAGGAGCUUUGA